AUGGCACUGGGCUUCUCGAAUGGUGAGAUUUUUCUAGGGGCUGCUGGAGAGGAGGAAGAGCAGGCAAGCAAGCCUGCGACUGGCCGAAGUGCAUCCAUCCAGCCCAGCAGAGCAGAGCCCGGGCGACGCGGCGGCGCCCGCGGCUCUGCUGCCCGGUCUAGCGGCCGACGGCCCCAGCGCUCGGGGCUGCCCAUGGAUUGUUUGUCCACGCCGCGACCGAGCUUGCCGCCGCUGGAUUCGGAGGCCUGCUCCCUGUUGCCCGAAACCCUAACCCUAGCCGCCGCCGACGGCGGCGGAGGAGCGGAUGCCGCUGAAGCGUUCGUGGCCGGCAGCGAGGACUUCUUCUCGUCUCUGGCCAGGCAGCCGGGAAAGGAAGAGGGAGAGCAAGGAAAGGCGGGAGGACGGACGGAUGCAGCCGAAGAGGCACUAGAAGCGGAGGCGCGCCAGGUUCCGGUCGCAAAGGAUGAUGCGAGCAGCCUCGAUGGUAGGGGUACCGCGCGCCAUCGUGGUUCGGUGCCUCAGCCAACCCUAGAACCCUUCCCUAAUCACGCGCACUUCACCCGUCGCCAACGCCGUCUCGGUGUCAUGGAUCCGAACCUGCAACUCAUCCUCGACACAAUGAACAACCGGUUCGACGAGCUCGACCGCCGCUUCACCGACAGGGAUUGCGCCUCGGCGGAUCAGGAUGCGGCUGUCGACUCCCGGUUCGCAGCUCUGGAAGUGACCCACUCGGCUGCAACAGCCGCCGCCGCCGCCGCCGCAGCCGCAUUGGAGCAGCGGCUGGCCGGUCUGGAGUCCGUCCACGUCUCGCCCCUCCCGACCUCCAUCGAGCAGCGCCUCACCUCCCUCGAGGCCAGCUACAUCGACUGCGACACCGAUUACUCGCAGCACAUCGCCGAACUCGAGAAGCUCCACCUCGCCACCACGAAGGACGAGCGGAACGCUCGGGUGGCCGCCCUGGAUAAGGCUACGGCGGAUCUCGCGUCUUGGCACCCCGACAUGGAAGGGGUGGUGGACGACGUCCGCUUGCAAGUCCAGAAGCUCGACUCGAAGUAUGACCGCGCGGUGUUCGACUCAUUGCCACAGUGCGCUGGUCUUCUUCAGUCCCCUGCCGCAGCGGCGACCGUCGCCAAGUCCAUUGCCGUUUCUGAACUGCCCAGCGGGCAUCGCGUUGCCUCGACUCCACGGGAUGUGGGUUCCGGGGUCGUCACGACCUGGACACACAUCCCGGACAAGGGCCCUGACGAGCAGCUCUGUUUUGCUCUGUCUAAGGCGGCUUCCAGUGGUUCUCCAGCAUCUCACACUAUUCAUUUCAAGGGCUCCAUUGCCGGUAUCCCUGCAAUAUUAUUGAUUGAUUCAGGCAGUUCCACAUCUUUCAUUAGCAAUGCUAUCGCAGCCCAGCUUUCGCAGAUCAAGCCAGUACUCCAAUCAUCUCAAGUUCAAUUCGCAGGCGGUGGUGCUAGAACGCAUCUUGCAGCACUGCCGGACAUCCGGCGACCAUCUGUGGAGCGAGUCUAUGUCAAGUGGUACCAUAUGCCAGCUUCCUUGGCUACCUGGGAAUCUGCUGAUCAUCUCCGGAAGCAGUUUCCUCAUGCGCCGGCAUGGGGACAUGCUGCAACUCAAGCUAGGGGGAGUGUUAGCCCAUCAGCUAACCAGGAAGCAGGCCAGCCCGAGUCGUCGAGCCCAGGAGAGCGCCGACUCGAAGAUGAAGCCCAAGACAAGGCCGGUUCGUCGAGCCUAGGAGUGCGCCAACCCACAAAGCCCAACAAAUGCUUCUUCGGCCCAUCGUGGAUCAAUGGCCAAGCUGUCGUAGUUGAGAGCAAGGAACACGAGAAUAUAUGUAUUGAUCAUGAGAUGGAGUGA